UAUUUAACAUUGUAAACCACCGCUUCAUACCCCUUUAAAAAACGACAACCCCAUAUACUUAUUUUAUUUAUUCUUAGGAACAUUUGCCAUGGAUGUUACUGGACCAACACCUCCACCUGUUCCAUGUAAGUAAAUUCAAGCAUUUCUUUCUAAGAUAGCUCCUUUACUUUGCAUUUAAAUUAUAAAUUUAUUUUCUUCUCCACACAACGUAACGAAUGAUAAAUUGCAGUUGAGACAUACAGUCAAUGAUCCCUUGGAAACUAAUUAAACGAAAAAGCGUAAUAAUAAUACUGACAGUUAUUCCUUCUAUCAUCCAAAAUGAAGUUUACUUCUCAGAAUUCUUUUCACCUUUUCGUCUUUUGACUAUAGACGUAUUAAUUAUUGUUUUAUCUAACAGGUCCCAACAGCAUGUGUGCUGGCCAUUCCGAUGAAAAUUACAACUACGACCAUCCCAAUAAUGGUAAAAAAGAAAACUACUUUGUACAAUGCGUCGGUGGAAAAGCUUAUUGUCAAGCAUGUUGGCCAAUGAACAUGAAAUUCAAAAAAGAAUGCAAUCAAUGUUUGUAUAGUAUGGAUGAUGCUUGUCACACUACACAAUCAUGGGCACCAGUUCCAACAUACACCUGCCCUGAUGAGUGCCCAAGCAGAGGACCAAACUUCAAAGGAAACAUUAGAGAUCCGUCCCAAUCAAAACAUUACGUUGCUUGUUGGAAUGGUGUUACUGUUGGAUGUGUCAACUGUCCAGCUGGACUUGAAUUUAACGAAGAAAAGAAUGCUUGUCUCUACGAAGGACAAUAUUAUACCAAACCUUUGAAAAGGAAGAAGGCAUACAUUUUACCCCCAACACAUAAAUUUUGGAUAGAAAAACUUGUCAGUUAUUAG